AUGUGCCACUCUGUUCUGGCACGCCUUCCUAAGGCCUUGACUCUUUUUUCUACAUUGUUGAGUCCUGUCAUUGCAUCCUCAAGUGGAGAACUAUGGCCUCUGCAGACGUACAAGAGUUCUCCUAUCAAGACACCACAUAUGAACGUCACAAAGAUGGGCCAAACGGAACCUGGUCUUCUUUUCUUCACUCCACAAGAUAUUCUUCGGAAUAUCGGCCAACCAGCCAUCUAUUCAGACGAUGGACAACUCGUCUGGCAGGGGCAAAGCGGCAAUCAAUCCGCACUUCAGCCUCAAAUGCUCAACGGCGAGCCCGUAAUUGCCUACUGGGAAGGCUAUUCCGGUGAGGGAUUCGGAUUCGGACACAUUAGCAUCCUGAAUAGCUCGUAUGAUGAGAUCCAUCGCGUCACACUGGACUGCAAGUCGCAGAACUUUGUGACAGUUUUUGACCCGAUGGAAUUCGAGUCUUGUAUCGAUAUCCACGAGAGCCAGCUUACGAAUAAUGGCACCAUUCUGGUUACUGCUGUCAAUGUCACGCAGGCUGAUCUCAGCUCUGUCGGGGGCCCAAAGGAUGGUUGGAUCCAGGAUGGUCUCAUCUACGAGAUUGAUCUUGUUACCAAUGAGAUCCUUUUUCGGUGGAGCGCCCACGAGCAUAUUGAUCAGGUGCCACUCAGCGAUGUGCGGGCUCCGCUUGAGGCUCCUGAAUCUGGUCAAAACAAGACAAGUCCGUACGGAUAUCCGCAUCUCAAUGCUAUCUACAAGUAUGGUGAUGAUUAUUUGCUUUCAUCUCGAUACAUGUGCAGUGUCUUCUUCCUUUCAUCCAACGGGUCUGUCAUCUGGCAUCUCCAUGGCCGAACUGGUGGCGAUUUUAAUUUGGGUCUCGGAACAAGCUUCUGCUACCAGCACGACGUCCGCUUCAUAUCACAAACUACCGAGCGCGUCACGCUCUCCAUGCACAAUAACGACAACACCGAGUUCACAGGCCAUACAUCCCUAACCACAGGCAUUGUCCUUGAGCUCGAACUCCAGGGGUCAAAGCAAGUCACCCUCAAGAGCCGGAUGUGGGACGCCGACGAGCCGGUAUAUGCCGAGUCCCAGGGAAGCUACCAGUCUCUUGGUAAUGGGCACGUCUUGCAGGAUCACGGAGCUACUCCGAAAAUCGAAGAGUUUGAUGAGAACGGAAGAAUUGUGAUGCGGGCCCGCUUUGGGUAUGAUAAUACCAUGCAGACUUACCGGGUAUAUCGAUACCCCUGGACUGGGACCCCGUCUACCAAGCCGGACGUUGCUGCUUGUGUCCAGAGCGGAAGUGGUAAGGCUGCUGUGUAUGUGAGCUGGAAUGGGGCGACGGAUCUUGAAUCGUGGAAGGUGUAUUCGGGGGGUGACCUUAUACAGACCGCUUUAAGGAAUGGAUUCGAGACGACAAUCAUGGUGGACGAUUUGAGUGCUGGUGAGGAGAUUACUGUUGAAGCAGCUGGGGGUGUUGGAGAUGGGACUAGGUCUGACUCGGUCAUGAUCAGUCAGAGUUGUUGA